CAUUGGCAGUUAAAGUGAAUAAAAUGACGACAACCUAUAUAACUACGGGUCAAUCGGGUCAGACGACCGUCAUUACCACAGGUCCAGGGCAACCCCCACAACCCACCUACAUUGAGGUCAUCGAAGAUCCAAGAACCUCACAAAGCUACAAUCGUUGGACAAAUAGGCACAGUGCUCACACUGCGACAAUCGGAAUAUUGUUAUUUACCUAUGGCGGCAUGGAUAUGGCCCAAGGUCUGGGCUGGAAUUUGAGUUCAGGAAUAGCAUCCACAGCUGAGUUCGAGUUUAGCUGGUUCAUUGGCGUUAUCAUUGGAGCUGUUGUUGCUGCUCUCGCCAUGACUCACAUACCAAAAAGAAUAUUUUAUAUUCUAGGCGGUUUGAUGCAGCUCAUCGAUGCAAUCAUCUUUGUGAGUGUGCCUUAUGAGUACAAUCCAAUAGUGGCAGCUCGUUACGUUGGUGGAGUGGGUUUUGGCCUCAUCACUGUGGCCUUUAUCAUACAAAAUUCGGAGGUUACGUUGAGUAGUUCCCGUGGCCUGUGGUGUGGCUUGGAGCAGUAUGGCUUGGCCCUGGGAUUACUCACUCAGGUGCUCAUGGAUUCACAGUGGGGCACUGAUGAGAGUGUUGGCAGCAACCGGGCACAUGGCAUUAUUGGCAUUAUCUGUACCGUUAUAGCAACGGCAACCGUGGCCAUGUCCGUGGAGUCGCCCAUCUUCUAUCUGCGCAGGAAUAAUGAAGACGCAGCGCGAACCAGUCAAACGCAGCUGUUGGGCUCAAAUGCACCAACUGAGAUCUACAAUGCGAUCUUUGAUGAGGCCAAGCGCUAUGUGGCUGAAGGUAACAGCAUGAGCAUUGGCGGAGAACUCUCAUCCUCCGCAAUGCCCUUCAUCAAGAUGCUCUUCUGUCGCUGCCUUGUGGCCUUCACCUUCUCGGUGCCCCUCAGCUGGUCCAUGCUGAUCAGCACGGUUGUCUGGAAGGCCAGCAUCUUCAGCUGGCCCAUGAUCUUGUGGAGCAUUCUGCGAUUCGCUGGCGUUGUCGUGGCCAUAAGCAUUGUGGACAAGCUGGGACGCAAGUUCGUCUCGAUUUUGGCGCUGGUCUGCAUGGCGGGUCUAAUGCUGGCGAUGGCGGGCAUCUAUUCGGACAAUAGCUACUUAGUGAGCCAAUACUAUAUGUCUGAAGUAUCCAAAGUUUCAAUGGCGUUCCAGUUCUUUGCUGGCAUGUUUGUUGUACCCACGCCAACCUAUUUGGCCGAGGCAUUUCCAAUGCGUGUCAAGCCGUUCCUCAUUGGCCUCAUUGUUUGCCUCGAGCAGGUGAUCCAUAUUAUUGUCAUUGUCACCUUCGGCCAAACCUAUGAUUGCCUGUACCAAUACUUUAUUGCUGUGGGCAUUAUCCUGGUUGUGGGUCUGCUCAUCUUCGCGGGUCUUAUGCCGGAGACUCGAGGAUUGUCGCUCCGACAGGCGGGAAAUCGUUUCCGUCGAGUACAUGAUGUCAUGUCCUACUAAACAGCAGCUUUAAUUGCUGUAUUUAUAUAACUAAACAAUUAUUGUUAAAUUUAAAGCAUUUUUAGGUUGAAUUAAAGAAUAUUACACUUUAAA